UGGACUCCCUUCCCCACUUCCCCAAAGUCGGCGGUAUUCUUGCCGUACCCAGGAUCAUGUAUCCAGGAAUCCUUCCGUCUACCGCCGGAUAUCUUCCCUUAACCACUUACCCAAGGUCAGCCUCAACUGCAUGUAUUCAUGCCUUACCCAGGUUCAUGUAUCCAGGAAUCCAUCCGCUCGCUCCAGGAUGUCUCCCCUUCCCCACUUACCUAAGAUCAGCCUCAACAACAACCUUCCUCAAGUUCACGUAUCCAGGAAUCCAUCCGCUCGCUCCCAGAUGUCUUCCCUUACCCACUUGCCUAAGGUCGGCGGUGCCUUCCCUGGAUCAGUGUCUCCAGGAGUCCACUUGUGUCACCUGAGUGGACUCCCUUCCCCACUUCCCCAGAGUCAGCAGUGCCUUCCCCGGAUCAGUGUCUCCAGGAAUCCACUUAUGUCCCCUCAGGUGAACUCCCUUCCCCACUUCCCCAAGGUCAGCGGUAUUCUUGCCGUCCGCAGGAUCAUGUAUCCAGGAAUCCUUCCGUCUACCGCCGGAUAUCUUCCCUUCCCCACUUAUCCAAGGUCAGCCUCAACUGCAUGUAUUCUUGCCUUGCUCAGGUUCAUGUAUCCAGGAAUCCAUCCGCUCGCUCCGGAUGUCUCCCCUCCCACUUACCCAAGGUCAGCCUCAACAACAACCUUCCUCAAGUUCAUGUAUCCAGGAAUCCAUCCGCUCGCUCCGGAUGUCUUCCCUUCCCCAUUUCCCUAAGGUCGGCGGUGCCUUCCCCGGAUCAGUGUCUCCAGGAGUCCACUAGUGUCACCUUAGGUGGACUCCCUUCCCCACUUCCCCAGAGUCAGCGGUGCCUUCCCCGGAUCAGUGUCUCCAGGAGUCCACUAGUGUCACCUCAGGUGGACUCCCUUCCCCACUUCCCCAGAGUCAGCGGUUGCCACCUUCAGUGACCUCGCUGCAUGGAAACUUGGUCUUGUCUAGCUGGUCUACGGUAGAGACUGUCCAGGUGGGUGGAAUUACUGGAGGUGACACACACAGAAAACUGCGUCCAGUAAUUACACUCCACCAAGACAGCCUGGACCGUAGGUCAGCUAGACGCCACCAAGCGGCCUCACA